GAAACUCAUCAUGUUUAAGUGACCUCUUUUUUCCAGAGCUGUAUACAAAAAUGAGUAAAAAAAGUCUAAAAGUGUUUAUUGAACACUUAAAGAAUUACUUAAGGGACAUUCUAGACGAUUUUCCUAAAGAAAGCACUUAGAUAUCACUUAACUUUACUAAAGGUGUUUUAUAAAACCAGGCACUGGAGUGCACUGUCUCUUUAAGAGCGGUACUGUGUUACUAUAGCAACGUCGUGUGUACAGACAUAUGGAGGUCCUUACAGAAAUGAGGGGUUAAUGAAUAUUGCAGUAAAUAUUCAGAGUUUCUGUGUAUUAAUUGAACUGUGAGAGUGAAAUUAGGAUAUAUCUGUGUUAUACUGAGUCUAACAUGCAGGAGGAACGUGUGACAGCUACACAGAAUGACUGUAUCAGACACAGACCAGCAUCAGACCAAACUCAGGAUAUUUCUUCUAUAUUGGCAAAUAUAUUCAAAGAUCUGUACACUAAUGAAGUGACUGGAAAAGACACUGUCACCAGUCUCACCAAAGCACGGAGAGAAGACAACAGCUACCAGGACAAAUAUGUGCAGGAGCUUCAACAGGUUCAUUUGGAAUACAGCAGGCGGAUGAGGGAUGCUGAAAUGCUGGAGAAGCACAUCAGUCAGGCCCGACGGCAGGCCAGCGAUAAAGAAGAGCAAGCCCAGGCUAGCAUCUUGGAGGAGGUGGGAGAGGCCUACCACCAGCUUUGCUUACCACUAGUUAAGCCAGCCUUUCUGUGGUGUGUGGACAACGACCUUCUUAAACGUAACCACUUGAUUUGUCCCCAGGACUGCAUAACCGAGCAAGUCCCACUUAUUAAAGCCCCAAAAGGAAAACCAUCCACCCCUGGCUUUGCUCAACCAACUGUCUCAUACAACAAGCAUGUAGGCACCCAGCCGCAGGAUGAUGGCUACUCACCAGUCCCCCAUUCUGACCUCACUAUCCAGAGUGUGCUGGAACGCUCUGAGGAGACGCUCACUCUGUUCUCCUCAGAGGAGGCCAGCAGCACUGGGAGCAUUCACUCACAGAAGGUGUCCCAGAUGGAUAAACACUCUUGGAAGUUAAAAGUGAGUGCUCAGAGUAAAGCGGAGGACAAGGCGGCUCUGCAGAAGCUUAGGAAACCUCAAAACUUCCUUCGCAACCCUCACUUCCAGCCCCUGAGUGGCCAGCGAGGGGGAGAAUCUCUCAUUGCGACCAAGAGGAGAGUACAGAGCGCACCAAACAAAAAUAAGGAGUGCUGCAGCAGCAGCAGUCCUGAAGCUCCAGUGCCUGUUUUCAUAGCCAGCCCACCUGUGGUGCUGUUUGAUGACUAUCGAGUUGGACAAGUCUAUGAGGCCACAGUUGAGCUAAGGAACAUGACUGCAGCUAGCCGCCAUGUGCGUGUGAUCCCGCCCACCACUCCACACUUCUCUGUUGGUCUUGGACGAUUUCCUGGUGAUGGAGGGGUUGUAGCUCCAGGGAUAAGUUGCCAGUACACGGUGCGCUUUGCCCCGGACAGUCUGGACGACUACGAGGAUUUCCUGCUGGUGGAGACGCAGUCCCCUUUUCCCCUUGUUGUACCCCUGGAGGCCCGCAGACCUCCGCCAGUACUCACAUUGCCUGCUGUUCUGGACUUCGGCUACUGUCUGGUGGGAGGUGUGAAGUUUAUGGAAGUUCUGUGUCGUAACGAUGGACUGAGUGCUGGGACUUUUUGCAUCAUGCCCAAGCAUCAGUGGCCUGCCUCCAGCCUCAGGUCUGCAGUGAAGGCCAGCUUUGCAGAACAGCCUCCAUUCGCAGUCAGCCCCUGUCUGUUUGCCUUGCUGCCUGGCCAGGCUGUGGUCAUGGAGGUUGUCUUUUUCCCAGCUGCUGCUGAAAGCUGUGCUCAAAGUUUCACCAUUGUCUGUGAUAACUGUCAGGUGAAGGAUUUCACCAUGCAAGGCAUGGGUCAGUUAGUGAUGCUGGAGCUGGUGGCGAUGGAGGGUGGAGAGGAUUUACCGGAGCUUGGUGAACUGCGUGACCUGACUGCUGAUCAUUUUGUAAGAUUUGAUCCAGCUAACCUGAAUUCUAUUUCACAGAAGAAACUCAUCAUCAAGAACAACACACAUCUGGAGCUGCCUUUCCAGUGGUGUAUUAUGAAGCCCAACCUGCAGCCCCUGUUACCUGGAGAGACUCCAGAUCCGUCUGGCAUUCAGCAUCACCUUUCCACAGACAACUGCUUCAGCAUCAGUCCUGAGGUUGGCAUGCUGGAUCCUGCGCAGGAGCAUGUGUUUCUGCUAUCAUACCACCCAGAACAGCUCAUGGAUUAUCACAGUGUCUGUCGACUAGUCAUACGGGAUGUCCCAGACAUGCAGAACAUCUAUGAAGAUGGUGGAUCUCAGCAGCUGGACAUGAUUCCGAAGGUGGGUGAUGCCAUUGUGAUGGAAAUCGAUGUGAAAGGCUCCACUGAGCCCUAUAAGAUCCUACUGGAGCCAUAUGCCCUGAUCAUACCGGGUGAAACAUACAUACACACAACCAUCCGCAAGAGCUUUAAGAUGUGGAAUCACAGCAAGUCAGCCAUUUGUUUUGAAUGGGAGCGUAUCAGUGACCACCACAUUAUCGAGGUUGAACCUUCAUCAGGUGAAAUAGAAAUGAAUGAAUGUUUUGACAUGGAUCUGAUUUUGACUGGGGGCCAACCAGGUCACUUUGCCACCACACUCCAGUGUCAUGUUAAGCACCACCCCAAUCCCAUAGGUCUGCCCAUCGAGGCCACGUUUAAGGGACCCCAGCUUACUCUGAGCGUACCCAGUCUGGACCUUGGGCUGCUGCAGCUGGGACAGGAGGUCUGCUCCACCAUCCUAAUCAGCAACAAUAGCCCAUUAGAGGCCCAGUGGAGCCUGAGAAAGCUGCCUAGUGACCCUACAGUCAACUUUAGACAGGUGAAGAUAAAUCCUAGUGAGGGGGUCCUGCCUCCUCUGGCUUCCUGCAGUGUGGAUGUGUGUUUCAGAGCUGUGUGCUGUCAAAGCUUUGAGGGUGUCCUACAGCUCAGUGUGCUGGAUGGCACUGGAUGCUUUCUUUCUGUACGAGCAGAUGUUCAGUCUCCUCAGGUGUGUUUGCUGUGCUGUGAGCUGCUGCUGACCGACGUGUAUGUAGGAGUUGCUCAGAGUAACAAAGUUACCUUGUUUAAUCAGACUCUGCUGCCUGCACACUUCACAUGGAGUAAUCAGCUCCACGGUCCUCAGGCUCAUCUUUGCUCUGCCAGCUUUACUCCAGCAUCUGGCACUCUGGAACCCAACACCCAGAUGGAGAUCAGUGUCUCCUUUACCGCACACACUGAUGAGGAGUUGAGUGAGGUAACUGCUGUCUGUGAGGUGGAGGGUAUGAAGAAGCCUGUAGUGCUAGAAUUCUCUGCCAAAGCAAAGCGACUGAGUGUGUCCUACUCUUUGCCUGAUACUGACUGUGCUGGUUCAGAUGUUGUUGGCCAGCAGUCAGUUAUACUGGACUUCACUGAAGAUCAAGCAGUCCUUAUUGGUAAAUCAGUCACCCGACAGCUGAUGGUAACCAAUCACACUGCGAUUGCAGCCCCUUUUACCAUGGCUGCAAAUGUCUUUACUGGACGCUGUCCAUUACAAUCAGUCAGAAAAAGAGAGAUUGUGAGAAUGCCCUUCCAUGAAAUGCAAGCAAAGAAAAUAGAGGAGAAGGAAUAUGAAGAGUUUGUCAGUGGUCUUCUUGCUCAUGGGAAAGGGGCAGCUUUCUUUACUGAGCCUGAAAGUGGGACACUUGGGCCGUUUGAAUCCGCAAUAAUCAACAUCACUGCUUUUAACAACAUGUGGGGCACUUAUGAGGAUCACCUCAUCUGCCAAGUUGGUGAUCUGGACCCAGUGCUUAUUCCAAUGAGACUGUCUGUAAGAGGCUGUCCUAUCCACUUCCAAAUGAUUGGACCACAGCCUGACAAUCAGAACCAAGGUCCAAUCAUACGGUUUGGAACGCACGUUUCUGAAGGAGAUACAGUGUCUCGAUUGCUCCGUUUAAACAACACCAGCCCAUAUGAUAUCCGUAUGGACUGGCUGACCUACAAUAAGGAGUCUGAAGAUGGGAAGCUGAUUGAUUUGAUUGUGGCAUAUGGUGAACCUUUUCCUCUUAAAGAUGCUGAUGGCAAUGAGGUUGUGGGUGGGCUGGAGGCUAGCAUGGCAUUCCCACCCCCGUGGGGUCAAAGCCACACCCCCAGCACAGACAGAACCAGCUCCUCUCUCAGAACCAGAUCAGGCUGUUCGGAAUUUGUGGACGAGCUUUGUGGAGAAGAGGAAACAGGCACUCUGGUAUCUGUGGCUCCAGUGAAGAAGCUGUUUUCUGUGUUUAUCAAUCCUCAUGAAGGAAAUGCUGCAGAUUACCCAUACUGCAUCACUCCACAGCAGAUAGUGGUUCCAGCUAGGGGCAGUAGCACAAUCCAUGUAUCUUUUACCCCUCUUACAUUGUCAGAUCCAUCCAUUGACCAGAGAUGCAUAGGUUAUGCUCUCGGCUUCAUGUCAUUGGACUCUAAGGUGGAUGUGGACCCUCAGGGGCAAGUGUUCAGAGCUCAGGGCUACGAGCUGGAACCUCUGAGGCUGGACCUUGAGGCAUUUGUUAAGCCAGCUGUUCUGACAGUCCAGCUGGAGGAGGAUGAAGACCUGCUGGAGUUCAGUGCUGCUGCUAGUGAUUUGCUCGAUGGUGAUAUGCUCAGACAGGAGUCAUUGGUGGUGCAGACCCUGCAACUGAGCAACAGCACAGACAUGCCACUGGGUUUCAGACUGUGUGUCCAGCAGCCGUUUUCUGUGCUGAAGUCUGGCCACAGACACAGUCACACAGUCAGCUCACACAGCCCGUCAUUAACACACAGCCAAUCAGAAGCAGUCAAGAGCCAGCCAGCACUGCUGCUGCAGCCCAAACGCACCAUACAGGUAAAGGUGGCCUUUCACCUUUCAACAGCGCUACUGACCUAUCAGAACCAGCCAGUGGAAGACAUCCCACCCUCCGUGACAGUGUUGUGCAGCGAGAGAGGAGAGAAAAAACUGUGCUUUCAGCAGAGCCUCACUAUCCAAUAUAGCAACAACACUGUGCAGACUGUACCCUUGUGCGCUCAUCUGGCACUACCUACACUGUACUUUUCCUGUGACAGCAUUAAUUUCGGUACCUGCUACGUGGGUCAGACCAGAAUCAAAGAAGUGCAUCUUUACAACCGUGGCGGCUCCAGUAGUUGUUGGACAACAUUGAUAGAAGCUGAGGAGGGAAGUGAAGUGUUCAGAGUUGCUCCAGAGCAUGGUCUCCUAAAGCCACUGGAAUAUCCUGUCUCAUCCUGUCGACAAACACUGGAGAUCAGCUUCACUGCCAAUGAUGAGAGGUCAUACCAAGGGACGCUUACUGUGCAGGGCAUUCUGGGAGAGCCCCCUCUCACUCUGCACCUUGAGGGAAACGGAUCCUUUGACGAGAGAUGCAUAUCCUUAACACCUGGCAGCUGAAAAAACACACUGGAAUUUUAAUUUGUACAUUCAUUUGUUAUUUAUUUGAAAAAUACAUUACUCUCAUUUAGAAAAGGCAGUUCAUUUGAAAAAACAAAGGCCAGUCAAUGAUAUUAAGAGCUGUAGAAAGAAG